AUGGAUACACUUUUGAAAAAGAAUCUCAGAAUCUCGGAUUCCAGGAGUAUCAGAAAAAUCUCAGAAUCACAGAAUCACAGAAUCUCAGGAUCUCAGAAUCUCAGAAUCUCAGAAUCUCAGAAUCUCAGGGUCUCAGAAUCUCAGAAACUCAUAAUCUCAGAAUCUCAGUUUCUCAGAAUCUCAGAGUCUCAGAAUCUCAGGAUCUCAGGAUCUCAGAAUCUCAGAAUCUCAGAAACUCAUAAUCUCAGAAUCUCAGUUUCUCAGAAUCUCAGAGUCUCAGAAUCUCAGGAUCUCAGGAUCUCAGAAUCUCAGGAUCUCAGAAUCUCAGGAUCUCAGGAUCUCAAAAUCUCAGAAUCUCCGAAACUCAGAUUCUCAGAAUCACAGAAUUUCAGAAUCUCAGAAUCUCAGAAUCCCGGAUCUCAGAAUCUCAGAAGCCCAGAAUCUCAGAACAUCAGAAUCUCGGAAACUUAG